AUGGCUUCAACAAGGAAAUACUCCAGCGUUUUCAUAUUUAUGAUUCUUUCAAGUCUUGGAUUUCAAGCAUCAUGUGACACUGGGAUCGGAACCAUCAAUGACCCUCCAUACUUACCUUCAGCGUGUUAUGGGUAUGAAGAUAAAGGAGUUAUGAUAGCAGCUGCAAAUGAAGAUCUAUGGGAAGGUGGAGCUGCUUGUGGAAAAUAUUUCCAGGUGACUUGUACCGGUGGAACGAAUCUAGGUACACCACACCCUUGCACCGACAACCCCACAGUGACUGUAAUCAUCACCGACUUCUGCCCACCUCCUGGUUGCAAGGGUGACCUUGACAUGUCACAUGAAUCGUUUUCUGCCAUUGCUGAUCCUGCAGCUGGAGGAAUUAAAAUCUCUUACCAACAGUGA